AUGCCGGGCGGGUCUCCCAUGCAACUUGGCGCUAUAACCAUCUUGCAAUCUCCACGCCAAUCUCGCGAGCGUUCGCGCAAGGCGCCGGCGACGGUCCGAGGUGUGAAGAGACACGCCGACGCGGAGCUCGUCACGCACGCGACCGUCGGAGUAAGUCUCGGCUUCUCCGGAGGUCCCUCCGCUCCCGCGUUCUUCGUGCGGGCGUCGGGGACGAAAGUUUCCGAGAGUGACAAACUUCGAUUCAUCCGUGCGGUGGAAGCGAAUAAGGCCAAGGGAAUAAGCGUCGCCGCGACGACCGCGAGGUGGGGAUUCUCUAAGAACGCGUACGCUAAGUACAAAAAACAGGACAAGCUAGGCGAGACGAAGCCCAAGGUCAUCCCGGGCCGCCCGCAAAAGGCGGACGAGGAAAUCAAAGCGAAGCUUUAUGAAGUCAAUCGAGCGUUUCAAGGUGGCAAAACUAUCGAAGGACUAAGCAAGGAGCUCCUCCGCAUCUUCGGCGAAUACCUCAGUCCCAGCACCAUCUGCCGGAUGAUGAGGAGGGGUGGCUGGCGUAAGCGAAAGAAACGUUCGUCGCCGUUCCUCACCGAGAAGGCGAUGACGGCGCGCGCGGCAUUCGCCGCGGAGCACAUGCAUGAACGCACCGACCGCUUACUGUAAAUAGUCCCUAAACCGCGGUACGAUGA